CUGUUGCUACAUCGUCGCGAGGGGCGGGGCGCCUGUCAGCAAAGCGACGCUCGCGGGCGCGGGCGGGCUGGGGCUCCGCAGCGCAGUGCCAGCGCCAGACCCGCGCCCCACGCUCUCAGUCCCGCCGCCUGCGUUCUGACUCGCCAGCCCGCGCUCCCGUCCUGCCCUUGCGCUGCCCGAGUAUGGAGUUGCUGUGUUGCGAGAGCACCCGGCACGCGCCCCGGGCUGGGCCUGACCCGCGGCUGCUAGGGGACCAGCGUGUCUUGCAGAGCUUGCUCCGCCUGGAGGAGCGCUACGUGCCCCGCGCCUCCUACUUCCAGUGCGUGCAGAGGGAGAUCAAGCCGCACAUGCGGAAGAUGCUGGCAUACUGGAUGCUGGAGGUGUGUGAGGAGCAGCGCUGUGAGGAGGAAGUCUUCCCUCUGGCCAUGAACUACUUGGAUCGCUACCUGUCCUGCGUCCCCACCCGAAAGGCGCAGUUGCAGCUCUUGGGUGCGGUCUGCAUGCUGCUAGCCUCCAAGCUGCGCGAGACCACGCCCCUGACCAUCGAAAAACUCUGCAUCUACACCGACCAUGCUGUCUCUCCCCGCCAGUUGCGGGACUGGGAGGUGCUGGUCCUUGGGAAGCUCAAAUGGGACCUGGCUGCUGUGAUUGCUCAUGAUUUCCUAGCCCUGAUUCUGCACCGACUCUCUCUGCCCAGUGAUCGACAGGCCUUGGUUAAAAAGCACGCCCAGACCUUCUUGGCCCUCUGUGCUACAGAUUACACCUUUGCCAUGUACCCACCAUCCAUGAUCGCAACGGGCAGCAUCGGGGCUGCAGUGCAAGGCCUGGGUGCCUGUUCCACCUCUGGGGAGGAGCUCACCGAGCUGCUGGCAGGGAUCACAGGCACUGAAGUGGACUGCCUGCGGGCCUGUCAAGAGCAGAUUGAAGCUGCGCUCAGAGAGAGCCUUAGGGAAGCCGCUCAGACCAGCUCCAGCCCAGCACCCAAAGCCCCCCGGGGCUCCAGCAGCCAGGGGCCCACCCAGACCAGCACUCCCACAGAUGUCACAGCCAUUCACCUGUAGCCCUGGAGAGGCCCCCUCCAGUGGCCACUAAGCAGAGAAGGGGCCACUGCCACCAUCUACCUGCCUCCAGGAACAAACUACCACAUCUGAAGCCUGAGCGGGUUCCUGUUUCUCCUCCCCCCCAAAGCCCAACGGGGUCAGGUCCUACCUAUCCCUGCGUGUGCACUAAGGGGCCUGACCAGCCAUGAUUGUGUAUGGGAGGCUAGUUGAACUCCUCUUCUUCCUCCUCGCAUCUGUCCAGCUCAGCUCCAUCCCUGACUCUAGCUGGGAGUGGGCUAGGCUGGUCAGACAUUGGAAUAGGUGAAAUACAUGCACCAGCAUUUUUUCUGAGGCUUCCCUCCUCUAGGGCUCUCAUGUUCUCAAUUGCCAAAAUGCCCCAGUGCCUUCUAAAGGUGUUGUCCCUUCUAGGGUUAUUGUAUUUGGAUUGGGGUCCUUCCAAAGAUGAAAUUUCAGGCAUGACUGAUAAGACAUGUGAGGGGCAACAGUCUAGAUGGCUCCUGUAAGCAUACUUUGGAAGCCCCGUUUAAUCCUUGCUCACGGCUGCUCCUAGAGGGAGGGGCCUAGGUCUUGGCCAGAGGGGCAAAAACCUAUGGUAUUCCUCCUUGCUUUGCUUUCUGCUCAGUUUCUCCCAGGUGAUUGAGGAGCUCGGUGCUGAAGGAAGGAGUUAUUUUAAUUUAUUAAUUGCUUUGAGUACAACUGUAAGUGUGUAGUGGGACCUGUCUAUCCCACAAAUGGUGGUAACCCUGGUGGUUGCUGUUUCCCUCCCCUCUGCAACUGGCUAAAGAAUCUUUGUGGCCAAGGAGCUGCUACAGCCUGGAAUUGGGUCAUGCCCUCCUCUCCCUUUGGCCCUUGCUCCACCCUCUAGGCAGGAUGAUGCAGGGAUGCCCUAGAGCUGGGCAAGCCCAGCUGGAGAGGGAGGCAAGUCCUAUUGACACAGGUCUUUCCUAAGGCCACAAGGUUUAGGCUGGUGGCCCAGGACCAUCACGCUACCUUAAUAAAGAUUCUGGAAUAAAACUGGCUUUGGCUUUUUGG